AUGGCCUUGCCGGAUGCCUGGGUGGUGGAUGAGGCCAAGGAGCUUCAAGCACGGCUGCCUGCAGCGCAGAAUGACGUGGCAGAGCGGCGACGGCAGAAACAGGCACCCUAUGCUCCCACGGCUCCUCGGCUUGCAGGCUUUGGCGCUGGAGGCAUUUUGCUCAAAAUGACGUCUCCAAUCCUUUUGCCUAGUUUCCUAACUCAUUGGCUAGACUCAUGCGGGCCCCAGACUUUGUCGCGGAUCCGCGCAGCUGCAGAAGCUUGUAAUGAGAAGGUUGCGUGGCCGAACUUCCUCAUCAACGGCUCCAAUGGCUCAUCAGCUUUGCGGGUUGGAACAGAUUGUAGUGGCUUGGAAGCUCCAGUGCAUGCCCUCCGUUCUAUGGGCCUGCUGCACAAACAUGUUUUCAGCUGCGAGAUCAAUCCGGCCCCCAGGACGAUGAUUGAAGCGAAUUGCUUGCCUGAGGAAGCUUUCAUGGACGACGUGAUUGUCAGCUCUGCUGGCGCAGUGCCCUUUGUGCAUUUGUAUGUGGCUGGGUUUUCCUGCAAACCAUUUUCCAUGCUUCACAACAAGACCAAGCUUCUUGAGGAAAAGGAGGCUGAGAUUUUCAAGGCAGUUCUUCGACGCAUCGGCAAGCUACGGCCUCCAUGCUUUGUCCUCGAGAACGUCAAAGGCAUCCAACGGUGCAUGGAGAAGGUACAAUCUAUGUUGCAGGACUUGGGCUACAUCGUAGCGGUUCAAUUGAUGGACCCUUCGAGUUUGGGGGAGCCCCUUCUCCGGCCACGUUUCUAUUUCAUCGGGCUGCGAACAGAUGUGGCCGCUUUCCUUGCAGGAGCCUCCAGGCACAUUCUCCAGCACAUUUGGACUGAGCUGGGGCAGGCAAAUGAACCUGCUCCUUUGGCUCAGGGCUGCUCGGCUGAUGAUUUGUUUUUGCAUUUACCCCGGGAGAGAGACGUUUGGGACAAGUUGCGCACGACAGUUGGGCAAGCUGACCAGUUUGUGUGCGAUUUGUCUCAAAGUUUGGGCCGCAACAGAGAGCGCACUGAUGGAAAGGUGCCUACCAUUACUCCCGGAUCCCACCUGAUCCUGGGCAGUGAGGGUCGAGCCCUGCUGCCGCGCGAGGCUCUUCUGCUGCACGCAUUCCCACUCCACAAGAUGACUUUCCCAAGUUGCAUCUCAGCGACGGAUCUUGAGAACAUGGGCGGUAACACUAUGCACUGCCAGGUGGUUGGCAUUGCCAUGGUGAUUGCUUUGCUUCUUGUCAAUUGGGAGCUGCCUGCAGCCCAUCAGAGCCUUCCUGCAGCGGUAGCUGCUUCGGCUCCUUCAGCUCCUUUGGCUCUUGAGGCUGCGAAGCGUUUAGAAGAGCACUUGCGCAAACGCUUUGGAAUGCAGCCACCGACAUGGAGCAAGGCUGCUGCGCUUUUGCUAUGCUAUGACUUGGGAAAAUGUCUCGUGGGCAGAGAGGCUUUUGAGAAGCCUGACCGGCGAGAGUGGAAGCCGGAGUC